AGUAGGCGGAGCUUUGAUCCAGACUCAGCCCACAGAGGGGGAGUGGUCUUGUGAUGUAGCCGGGUUUGGAGCGCUGUUUCCCGGCCAGCCUCCCAGCUGUGACUCGCUGAGAUUUCUUCUUCUUCUCUCCCGCCUCUCCGUUCCUCCCUGCCGGGGCCUGCCGCCGCUCUCUCCGGUGAAAGAUGGAGCUCCGGACGAUCCUCCCCGCUCUGCUCUUCCUGUCUGCCGCCUGUGUGCAGUCGGUGUCCGGCGCGGUUUCACGGACAGGACCGAAAGUCACCGAGAAGGUGUUUUUUGACAUCACAGUUGCAGGUCAUGAGGUGGGGCGGAUCGUCAUUGGGCUGUUCGGAGAGGUCGUCCCUCUAACUGUCAAUAACUUUGUUGCCCUGGCAACCGGAGAGAAAGGUUACGGCUACAAAGGGACCAAGUUCCACAGAGUAAUCAAAGACUUCAUGAUCCAGGGAGGAGACUUCACCGCUGGAGAUGGAACCGGAGGUCACAGCAUCUAUGGAACAACUUUUGCAGAUGAAAACUUCAAACUGAAGCAUUUAGGAGCAGGCUGGGUGAGCAUGGCGAAUGCCGGUCCGGACACCAACGGAUCACAGUUCUUCAUCCUGGCUGCCAGAGCACCAUGGCUGGACGGGAAACACGUGGUUUUUGGCAAAGUCCUGGACGGGAUGGCGGUGGUUCACACCAUCGAGCUUCAAGACACCAACGACAGGAACCUGCCAUACACCGAGUGUGUGAUUGUCAACAGCGGCAGGAUCCCGGUCAAAGAGCCCUUCGUAGUGGAGGUGGAGGGCUGGUAGAUGCAGGGCUUUAUAAGGUCAAAUACACUAUGUGAUUAUUAUACAGUGGUGAUCAAUGAGAAGUCAUUUGCAGUUUGCCAAAUUCACAUUUUCAUAUCAUUAAUUUUGCAUAUCAACAUGUUAGCAAUUAGGGCUGGGUAUUGUUUUAGUUCCAGUAUUGAUACCAAAACAUUUUCAGUACUUUAAGAAAUAUAAACAUAUUUUUCUCUUUUCUGUUCAACAAAAUACAAACUUCUCAAAUCUGUAAAUGUCUCUGACCAAAUACUUUUCUUUUAAAAUAUUUGAAAGUUUGCUAUGGAUGCAUUUCAGCUGGUACCAAAAACUACUAUGAUUCAAUUCCUGUCCCUAUUAGCGAGCUAGCAUGAACAUGAAGCAUUGCAGACUGGACGUUAACAUGUUUUCAUGCUAACCAUGAUGUUACAAAGACUAAAUGUUACAAGAACAUUAACUAAACAUUAACAUCCAGUAACUGUAGUAUGCUAACCAUAGCAUGCUAACAUUAGCAUGCUAAGAAAUACAUUGAACAGUGGUUUAAACAUGAACGUGACUUCUGAUUGAUCUCUACUGUAUACAGAGAUAAUAUAAUAAUAUUUUUAAGUUAUUAACAGAACAUAUCAGUGACACAGUAGCUAUCUAACAAACAUCUGUGAAACUGUCUGAUAACAGGGAAAAACUUAAUCUGUGGUAAAGUCAAGACUGUUCUCGUUAGAAGCUCACUGAGUUUAGAGCAGACAAAAAGUUCAAAUUAUCAUCACGUGCUCUUGUAAAGACGUCUGUACACUCUGAGAACCUUUUAUCUCCAAAGUUUACACUUCAGAGCUGUAGCAAAAAUGAACUUUGAUUUAAAGUUGAUAACAUUUUAUCAGUCAAAUUUUGGUGGUUUGUGGCCCCUUUAAUCUAAAGUUUUUUAAAGGUGUUUCAUGAGUCUUAAAGUCCUAGGUCGUAAUUCUAAGGGCAAUUAAUUAAAAAAUGUUUGUUUUGCCUGAAUGUUUGUUGCUGUUUUGUUAGCAAAUAUUUAGCAUUUUAGGACUUUAUAUUUGUAACAUACUUGUAAGAUUCUGCAGAAUAUUUCAAACACGAAAAACCUGGAGAUACGAGGUUUUCAUCAGAGGGAGUGGUGGCAGUUCUGAGUGUUCAGUAUUUAUCAGGUUCACUGUGGUCCAUGCUAACGGUUUCAUACGUUAGCAUACUUGCAUAUUUAGUGGAUGGUGCCGGUUAGCAUCAUUCCUAAAACUCUGUAUCAAACUAAAUAAUGAACACACUUUAAUCUGCUCCAAUGUCAUAACAGAGUUAACAGACUGAAGAGCAUGUUAGUUUGUUUUUUGCUGUGAAAUGUAACAUGACAGAUAUCAUGGAAACUUGCACUUACACUAUAGCUAUGUAGCUCCUCAUUAACCUCUUAUUGCCAAAUCAUUUCUCAUUUGCCAAAAUUUCCUUGCACUUCCUAUGCAUCUAAUGAACAUUUAAAUAUCUUCCUUUCAGUUCCUGUUAACAAACAUAUGCAAAACAAAGUUGUAGCUUGUGUCAAACGGUGUUCUGGCACUUUGUUUUAUUUUUUAUCAUUCCUUCACUGAAAAUGAAGAUUUCCUGUUAAUGUUUUGAUGAAAUGGAUUUAAAGGAUCUUUUCUUCCUGAUGCAUUAUGCACCAUAUCAUGUUUGCAAAAACUACAGCACAAAUUGCACGGGAGGAAAAUGUUCAAAAAGUGUGUAAAGAGAAUGAAUACUGUGCUAAUACUGUUUGUGGUGUCUACAUAAUGAAUUGAAAUGUUGUACUUGGUGUUAGAGGUAUAUCACUGACUGUCAGCAGGUCAGUGAACUCAUUCUGACUGUUAAUAUUUUAUCUCUCCUCGUCGUUCUUUGUAAUGUUUCUGUUAUUUCAGUCGACUAAAACUGUCAUGGUAGCAUUAGAGACUGAGACUGAUAUUCCUCAUGCCACUGAAGUUGAUGCAGCAUUUAAAACCUCUUUACCAAACAUAUCUAAAGUUCUGUUUUCAUUAUUUAUAAGAGCAGCAGAAGAAGAGUGCCAACAGGUGUUUUCUAUAAUAAACAGUAUGCUGAUGCGAAACAA